AUGGAGGAUCUCAAUUUGACAGAGACCGAAAUGAGAUAUUUCGGUGACUUGUUUUUAUGUUGCGACGAGGAAUCCAAUGGCAAAAUACCUAUUUUAAAAGCAACAGAAUUGUUUAGGUCGUCUAACGUACCAAAUGAUGUUUUACGUCAGAUCAUGGAUAUCAGCCUCCUUUGGAUCUUCCCCUUCCAAGAUAGCGAUGUACCACAAGCCUCGUCUCACGAUGCUACAGAAGGUCUGAGUACAGAUUCUGAAAUAGAAUCAGAAACAACGUCUCAAAGAUCGGGUUCUUGUGCGAGUGAAGACACAGAAACAACAAUUGGGAGAUAUUCACAGCAAACAAGGAAAGAGACAGCAAAUAAGUUUAAAAUGGGGAGGAGAGUCAAGACUGGAUCACCAUGGAGCACCGCAAGCGAGAGCCCGACGCCCACCAACAGCGUAGCGGAGCGCGUCCAUCCAGUGUGGGAGCAUAGCGCCACCGGCCGAGGCGUUUGGCCCACAAACACCGCCGAAGAACACACACGCUUGCUUGGCACUGAGGAGGAGUCAUCGGACAGGCAUUCCUCAGAAGAGGAGGGCGGAGUCGAGGCAGGGGACGAGGUUUGGGCCAUCAGCGAUGUGCAGGCGAAUCACUACGCGGCCCAGUUCGCCCAGUUGCGCCCAGAACGCGGCCUCCUGUCUGGUCAGACCGCCAGAUUAUUCUUUGAGAAGUCGCGGCUCUCCGUGCUGGAUCUCCGAAAAAUAUGGCAACUAUCGGAUAUCACGAAAGACGGUAUGUUGACUCUCGAAGAGUUCAGCAUAGCGAUGCACCUCAUUGUGCUGAGGCGGAAUAACGUACCCGUUCCCGACGUGCUGCCCGCAUGCCUAGUACCCAAAGUGGACUCCCAGUUCUCGCGGCAUGCGGUCACCACCGACCUGGUCGAUCUCGGCUCCGACAUGUUCGGCUCCGGGACCUCGGCGGACUUCAACUUUGCGCCUAGGCCCGAAACAAACGACCCGUACGAGAGCAUACCGCCGAAGAAGCCGGACGAGCGCCCGCCAUCACUCACGCCACCCAAGCCCGAGCCGCUGGUGAACAACAAAGAGUGGACCAAGUUCGUCGACUCGCCGACCUCGAGCGUGUCCAGCCCCGGCCCGAAGCCGGUCAACUUCGACUUCCACAAGUCGGCAGUGGAGAGGGACCCCAAGAUCUUCCACCCGGUCGCGCUGAGGGUCACCCCGGACGCGGGGUUGCCCGCGCACGGCGACGGCGACAUGCGCUCCAGCGCGUCCCCGCGGCGGGACGACUUCGCGCACGCGUUCGAGCUCGCCAGCCCGAAGCGGCUCAACUGCGCGCCGCCGGAGCCGCACAACGGCGGCGGCCCCGAGAUCAAGGCGAUACAGCGACCGCAGCCCAAGAAGCCGCUGAAGAGUGCGGGCGUGCUGCCGCCGCCGCCCGCCAGGGAGCCGUCGGUGCACGCGGAGGACGGGCCGCAGUCGCUGCAGUACCCGCCCAAGAAGGAGCCGCCGCCGCCGCCCCCGCCUCGCCCGCUCAGGAACCACGCGCGCUCCAGCUCGCUGGACCUGAACCGGCUGAAGGGCGCGCCGGCGCCGCCGCCGCAGCCGCCGCCGCGCACCUCGCCGCCGGCCGCCUCGCCGCCCGCCCGCCGGCUGCCCAGCCAGCGCAGCGAGGGCGAGCCGAGCCACGCGCCGGACGCGUUCGCGCCGCGCGAGUACGACGGCGAGGGCUUCGGCUACAACCGCGAGGACGCGCCCAAGAUGCACGGCGCCUUCGAGGUGUACCGGAAGGCGUCGCGCGACUCCGCCGGCGAGGCCGACCCGGACGUGAGGGCGCUGCAGGAGCAGAACGCGGUGCUGCACCGCGUCUGCCGCGCCCUCUGCGCCGAGUUGGCGGACGUGCAGCGCGAGCGGGAGGCGCUCAGGGUGCGCCUCGACGCCCACGCGGCGCCCCUC